GGGGCGCGGGUCGUGCGCUCCGCCCGGUGCCGCUCGGUGCCCCCCGGUGCCCCCCGGUGCCGCUCCGCCGGCCCGGCCCAGCCCCGCAGCCGCCCCCAUGGCGCUGGAACAGGCGCAGGUCGACGGCCCCGACCCGCCGCGCCUCUGCGAGCCCGGCCCCGCCGCGCCGCCCUGCAGCGGGAGCCCGCUCUCCGCCCCGGAGAGCCCCAGCGAGCCCGGGCCCGGCGGGCAGGCGGACCCCGCGGCCGCCCCCGGCCCCGGCGGCGAUGCGGAGCCCGGGCCCGGCGGCGCGGAGGCCGCGGGGCAGAGCGGAGCGGCGGCCGAGGAGCCCGACGAGGAGGCGGCCCCGGCCAGGCCGUCGCAGAACAUCGCGGUGCAGACCGACUUCAAGGCGGCCGAUGCGGAUGUGAACACGGACCAGGACAUCGAGAAGAACUUGGACAAGAUGAUGUCCGAGAGGGCCUUGCUGAAGGAGCGCUACCAGGAGGUGUUGGACAAACAGAGGCAGGUGGAGAAUCAGCUGCAGGUCCAGCUUAAGCAGCUGCAGCAGCGGAGGGAAGAGGAGAUGAAAAACCACCAGGAGAUCCUCAAAGCCAUUCAGGAUGUUACAAUCAAGCGAGAGGAGACUAAGAAAAAGAUGGAGAAAGAAAAGAAAGAAUUCCUGCAGAAAGAGCAGGAUCUCAAAGCUGAAAUUGAGAAACUCUGUGAGAAAGGCAGAAGGUUGCUGAAGGAGCAGGAGGAGAAGGAAAACAAGAUUGCCUCUCUGAUUGCAGAGCAGUCUGAUGAGAAGCAGCUGUGGGAGAUGGAGCUGGACAAGCUGAAGAACCAGCACAAUGAAAUCAACAGGAACAUUCUUGAGGAGACGGAGCGGGCCUGGAAAGCAGAGAUCCUGUCCCUGGAGAGCCGGAAGGAGCUGCUGGUCUUAAAACUAGAAGAAGCAGAAAAAGAAGCAGAGCUACACCUCACCUACCUCAACUGUGCUUGCAGGUCUGCGCCGCCCACGCUGGAGACCAUGAGGCCAAAGCAGGAGUGGGAGAUGAGGCUGAACAGGAUACGUAUGACCAAGCAGAGUGUCCGAGAUCAGUUCAAUGACCACAUCCAGAUGGUGAGGAAUGGCACAAAGCUGAGCAGCCUCCCCCAGAUCCCAACUCCAACGCUGCCUCCUCCGCCUUCAGAAACAGAUUUCAUGCUGACGGCAUUCCAGCCCAGCCCAUCCCUGACCCCCCGGCUCCCCUUCCCCAUCGGGCCCGUCCCCGUCCCCAUGGUCAUGCCGAGCGCCGAUCCCCGGGCGCUCUCCUUCCCUCUGCUGAACCCCGCCAUGUCCAGGCCCAACCAGCCCUCCCCACCCCUGCCCGCCUCCCAGGGCAGGAGCAGCCCGGUGGUGGCCUCGCUGCUGGGCACGCACAGCCCCCACAUGGCCCCCGCUGCCCCCAUCCCUCCUCCGCCCGGCCUGGGCGGCGUCGCCCCCGAGUUCCCCCGGCCCCAGCCGGCCGACAAGCUGGAGAAGCUGCUGGAGAAGCUGCUGGCUCGGUUCCCACAGUGCAACAAGGCCCAGCUGACCAACAUCCUGCAGCAGAUCAAGACUGCCCGGAGGACCAUGGCCGGCCUGACCAUGGAGGAGCUGAACCAGCUGGUGGCAGCCAAGCUGGCAGAGCAGCAGGAGCGGGCAGCGGCUGGUGCUCAGCCUCUGGGCCGGAUCAGGGCCCCCAUGUUCUCUGCUCCCCUGCCUCAGAUCAGCACACCCAUGUUCCUGCCCUCGGCCCAGGUCGCCUACCCAGGAACGGCAUCACACACCCCAGCUGCCUGUAAGCUGUGUCUGAUGUGCCAGAAGCUCGUGCAGCCUGGUGACCUUCACCCCAUGGCCUGCUCACAUGUGCUGCACAAGGAGUGCAUCAAAUUCUGGGCACAAACCAACACGAAUGACACUUGCCCCUUUUGCCCAAGCCUCAAAUGACGGCUGCUGGGACAACGUGGGCCCCUGGGAGGAGUUGCUGUGAAUAGGACAGGAUCAGUUCUAAGAUUUCUACAGUUCUAUAUUUAUACGAUCAUGUAUACACAUGUACAUUUUUAUUAUAUAGGUAAUGUGUGUAUAGAAAGUCUGUAAACAUACAAAUUCAUAAAUAAAGUGUGUAUAUUAUGCAGUGA